AUGAGUCACCACGAAGAUCAUGCUUCCGAGGGUUCAGACACGGACGUGGAGAAGCAGGACUCCAACGACAACCAGGUUCGCUCUCCGGGAGGAACCCCAAGGUCUACACUGCAACGGAAAGAGGGCGCUGGCCAUGACAAGAGCGAACUCAAGCACUGGGAAUGCUACGACAAGCUUGGAUAUUCCUUCCCCUGGUGGAAGAAAUGGGGUAUUAUCUCAGUCAUCUUUGCAGUUCAGACAUCCAUGAAUUUCAACGCCGGAUUUUACGCAAGCAGUGUCAGCCUCUAUGCGAAGCACUUCAAUAUCACGGAGCAGGCUGCAAGAGUGGGCCAAAUGGGGUUCCUCGUUGCCUAUGCAUUUGGCUGCGAGUUCUGGGCACCCUUCAGCGAAGAGUUUGGCCGAUGGCCAAUCAUGCAACUGAGCCUGUUCUUCGUCAACAUCUGGCAGAUCCCUUGCGCACUCGCUCCCAACUUCGGCACUAUUGUCAUCUGCCGUAUUCUCGGUGGUGUGUCAUCUGCCGGGGGCUCCGUGACACUGGGCAUGGUCGCUGACAUGUGGGAGCCGGAGGAUCAGCAAUAUGCCGUGGCAUUUAUUGUGCUGUCCUCAGUGGCAGGAUCCGUUAUUGCACCAGUGGUCGGUGGAUUCGUGGCUACCUUCCUUUCCUGGCGCUGGAACUUCUGGAUUCAACUGAUUCUUGGUGGAUUUGUGCAGAUACUGCAUUUCAUGAUCCCUGAAACCAGGUGCAGCAUUCUCAUCACCAAAGAGGCCAAGAGACGUCGCAAGAAUGGAGACAUGGUGUGGAGUGGCGAUGAGAUCACAAAGACUCGCAUGUCUUUCCGCUGGAUCUUCAUGGUCUGGGUACGGCCGUUCAUCAUGUUUGUGCGUGAGCCAAUUGUCUUAUGUCUCUCGCUUCUCAGUGGCUUCAGUGAUUCCCUGAUCUUCACGUUUCUACAAUCAUACACUCCGGUGUAUAAACAGUGGCACUUCAGUACCAUCACAACUGGGCUUGCCUUUCUACCUCUGCUAGUGGGCUAUGUAAUGGCUUACUUUUCUUUCAUUCCUUGGAUUCACCGACAUUGCCGCGUUAGAGAAAGGGAUCUGGAUGGUCUUCAGCCAGAGGCGCGUUUGUAUUGGCUUCUAUACGUGGCACCCCUACUGUCAAUCGGUCUAUUUGGGUUCGCAUGGACUAGUCUUGGCCCCCCUCAGGUCCACUGGAUUGCACCCAUGAUAUUCUCCGCUCUGAUAGCCAUUGCUAAUUACGCCAUUUAUAUGGCAACGGUUGAUUAUAUGAUAGCAUCCUACGGGCCAUGGUCUGCUUCAGCAACAGGAGGUAACGGGUUUGCUCGUGAUUUCCUAGCUGGAAUUGCAGCAAUGUAUUCCGUGCCCAUGUACGAGCACAUGGGCACGAAACACCAUCUUGAGUGGCCCUCAACAUUCUUGGCCUUCAUGGCAAUUGUCUUCACCAUCCCGAUUUACGUGUUCUAUUGGAAAGGACCCAAAAUCCGUGAGAUGUCGCCGUUUGCACAGACUGUGGCGGCCGACAGAAAGGCCGCCGGCCGCAGAGUCUCUCAAUGUGGCUCUGGCGACCCAGACCCCGUCGAGAGGUAUCUGUCGCGAUCUUCCAACGAAGUCUGCACUCGGCCUCAUGUUUGA